AUGUCCAAAGCUGUACGACUGUGGCGCAAAACACAGUCAGUGCUACGUCGAAACAAGAUCCUUCGGUUGAGUGACCAUAAGAGAGACACAAAGAAAGAGACAUCAAGGCAUUCUAAAAUAAAAGGUCAAGUACUCUCCGCCUUUGCUCUCCUUUUUACUUUCCUGCUCUUCCACUUUUCACUCCUUUGGUCGAUGUUCGAGAAGGCGCCCCAGACAUUAAAGAGUUCCCUGCAUACAGUUGUCGACAAUGCGAAAGAAUAUCUAGCUGACGUGUGCUUCAGAUUUGCUCAUGGCGAUAUUUGGGCUCAUCGUGCCAUUCUACUCGCACGCGUUCCUCUAAAGGUGAGGCAACAACUGAUGCCCACCCUAGAUCACAAUGUAAAUGAAACAUGUCUCAUGAUCAACCUGUCCAAAGAAAUCUCGCCAUUGCUCUUCCAGUCACUCCUUAGAUUUUGGUACACCUCCGAGUUGUAUUCACCCUCGUCAUUCGAAUACAAUUCGUCUACUACAUCAAUAAGCAGUACCCCCGCAACAUCUGCAACUACAAGUACAGCCAGCUCAUUAUCGAUCCUUAGUUCCCUUGAAGAUAUCCCUGGAAUAAUCACAAACGAAUCCGAGAUGUUGAAAGAACGCAAGGUUUUAGAAGAGAGACUAGCAGUCGGACUGUUGCCUGUCCAUGACGACAAAGAAACCGAUUAUGACCAGUUAGUUAAAGAUUUAACAAAUAUGUCCAAGACUGAACUUGGGUCGGACGUAACCUUAAAUCUCUUCCCUGCAUCUGUGUAUGCACUCCAUUCUCCCGGAGACCGUAAAGGAAUUCUACGCGACACAUCGGAAGGCGGAUUAGGGUCGUCUUUAGCCGCACAUCGCUUCAUAUUGGCUGCCCGAUCUUCAUAUUUUUACGCCAUGUUCUGCACCGACUUUAGGGAAUCGUCUUCAUCCACUAUCCAUCUCACAGACGAUAUAUUCUCACCUUGGAUAUUGCAUGUACUCGUUCAUUACUUCUACACAGAUUCUAUCGUCGUACCUCCUCUGCCAUCAACUGCCUUACUAGCCUCCCCAGUCCAGCAACGUUUAUCUCACAAGAAACACUCUUUAAGAGUGCUACAGAAAACAUUUUAUGCUGCAGACUAUCUUGGGCACGCCAGCUGUGCUGGUCAGGCUGUAUUGCAUGAGAUGUCUGUUAUUUGCCACGACUUUAAAUGUGCAUGUGCUGACUGCAGUGCCAUUUUACCAUCAAUGUUAUUGUUUGCCCACAAAAACAAAGCGAGUGUGCCAAUCAUGCUGCCAGGUCUCAUGUCACUCUACACAGAUCCAGUGAGGUUACUGGCUCCCUUGUGGGCAGCAAAGCCGUUUUCUAUUCUAGUAGGAUCAAUGGCACCCACCGCAGUUGAUCUGGUUGAACCAGAAUCAACCAUCUUUAGCAAGGCACCAGCUACAGACGACCAACCUACAUUCAUCAAAGAUAUGUCUGAACUGACAAUUGCAAAUAUUACUAAGCACAAUUCUAUCCAUGUUCUUCACUCUCUUCAUCUCUGUUUAUCCCUCAUACGUGGUCACGAUCCUCUUUCGCAUUGGUCAGCCCCUGCUUACGAUCUACUCCAGCCGGUCGUCCGUCAUACGGUGGCAAUGAUAUCACAAAAUUUUGAUUACUAUUGUGUAGAGUAUCCUAUCCUGUUGUCCUGUGUAGAUGGCAUCGGAUUCGGAUUCUCCGUAGACUUUCUCGAAUUUCUUCUCACCCGAGUGCUCGAAGACGGUAUCCAGGAUGCCAACGCGGGAAUAGUUUAUCAGGGUAUUAUACGUGAUCUUGUUGGCCGCCAAGAGGUUGUAAAAAAUGUUGCUGUCGAUGAUGUGCUUAUCAGUGCAAGACAACGAUGUGCUGCAUAUAUUGCUCGCCGAUGGACAAGCAUCAAGGCCCAGCGCGGAUUUAGAAAACUCGACAAAGAAACUCUUCAAAAGAUGUCCGCUGAUAUUGGAGUACCAUAUCGUGCCCUUAGUCGUCCAUUUGAUUCAGACUUCUCGGCCAUUUUCAGUUUUAAGCCCAAAGCAGCCAAAGCAGCUCUCAAAUCAAAGAUGUCAGAGGUCGAUAACAGCUCCACUCUAUUCAAGACCUUGAGUCACACCCCUGGUUCCAAUCGUCGUCUGUCCCUCGGUAACCUCCGUCCUCAGCGUUCCAAUGGUGCUCUUAAUGCCAAAGCCAGUCUGGAUGCCAGUAGAAUGCCAACACGUCCUAGAUCCCAUUCUACAGAAUCAGUAAAGAUAAAUAGCAUAAAUGGUCAUUAUGUUAACCAGACCUCUAUGGAUGCCAUGUCCAGUCAGCCCCUUAUCCAUCUUCUCUCUCUCGAGACCAAGGCACGACACCAAGCACAAGAAGGUUCAUUUGAAUCACCGACACAGCACCGCCGUAACUCUGUCCGUUCGCUGGCCGACGAACUACUGCCGAUGGAUGUUGUGCCAAUUGUUGUGUCACCACCUGGUCCAAGUGCCGCUUCCGUGCCACGAGUGACACGGCUGACAUUUGAAAUUCCUACCACUCCCCUCCGUGCCAAAUCGCCUGUCACUUCUUACCUAUCAACUCCUCAGGGAUCGCGUAGAAGAGCACGAUCUCCUCGCCGGCACAGAUGGAACAUUGGAAGCGAGAGUGAGGAUGAAGAUCUUAGAGUGACACCUGUGAUCGGUGCUAAGGUUGAGCUUUUGCGUAGACCGCUACCCACACUUGGUAAAAUCAAGUACAUUGGCCCAGUGAGUUUUUCAAAGGGUACUUGGGUAGGUGUUGAGUUGGAGAGUCGUUUAGGUAACAUGGAUGGCUCUGUUGAUGGCAUACGUUACUUCCAAACCGAUGCUCAGAGGGGUGUUUUUGUGAAGCCCGACGAUUAUAAGAUUCUUUCUAUGCCUGUGUAAAGUCACCUUUGUCAUUCAUUAGUCGUUCAGGAACCAUUACUCUCUUUCUCUCUUUCUCUUCUUCCUUUUAUAGCUGUUACGCUCUGUUUAUUUUAUUCCCUUUCUGUGAUCAAUACCCUUACUUUCUCUUUAUUCUUCUUUAUAUAUCAAUUUACCUCUGUAUAUGUGACACUUUCCUUUCAUUUAACCUUCAAUUGAAUACCCCCAUUUCAAAUUCCCAUUUUCGAGGACAGCUUUUCCUUCUUGUGUGGCUUAGUAUCAUCGCCGAAUAAAGCAAAAAAAAACUGGCCCCCGC